AUGCCGAGGGAGCACGCUUUAGUCGAGCUGCAGCCCGCGGAACCUAGUUUCCAUCAGCGCUCGCUGGUGCUUUCGCUGGUUCUCUCGCUCUUGGUCCCCUUGAUGGCCAGUGGUAUUGGGGACUCCCGCAUUGUAUAUCUCCGGUACCCGACCACCGAGUUCGCACCUGAAGUGGUUGAGCCCAUCACGUUUUCGCUGGGUUCCUCCUUCCAUCUCGGCAGCUUCUGGUCCGACUUCCAAGGUCAGGUCCGUGAGGGUUUCAUACCUCAGUCCGCGUAA